GUCUUGCGGAAAAGCGAGAGAGAUGGGGGCAGGACGCUAGUCCUGAUUUGGCAGGACGACGAUCGCUCAGCUCAGUAAGUACUCUUCUACAGAACUCUUCUUCCUCCCUGUUUCUCUCACCCCAAAGACGAGGAUUCCUUGCGGUUGCUCUCGAUUUAAAACAAGAGGGCUAUAUGCAGGCAGGGAAGGCUCGUCUGUUUCCCCCUAAACUGUUGCUGAUUAUCUGGCAUGGAUUGUUUGCAUCGAACUUGCGAUCUUAUCACUCGGAAUCCUUGAAACCCACAAUGGUGUUUGUGAACUCCGAAAGCAGAUCGGCCAAUAGCCAUGCUCCUCGGGAUUCUCUAGAACUCGCCUCCCUCGCCUCCUCCUCCCCCGAAUCGGAUGCAAGGUCCUCCAGCUCCUCCCCUUCCGGUCUCUCGUCCUCCCGAAAGCUCUCCCUCGAGGAUGAGGAUCCCCUCUCGAGUUCCAAUGCAUACUCCAACUUUGACUCUGGCAGGCCCAGAUCGGCCCGUUCAUACUCUGUAUCUUCUGCUUUUGAUUUCGGGAGGACCCUUUUCCCUUUGUCGCAGACGGCUGGAGGGUAUGCUCCCUUGGGUGCACCUUCUGCGCUCGAUCGUGAAAGCGGAGUUGUCGACGGUUCAUUAGAAAGGAACAAGACAUUAACGUACUUGAAUGGUCUAUCCCUUGUGGUUGGAUUAAUUAUUGGCUCGGGUAUCUUUUCAUCACCAAGUCAGGUCAAUGCCAACGCGGGGUCACCUGGCGCCUCCCUCAUUGCGUGGGUUAUUGCAGGUUUACUAGCAUGGACGGGAGCGGCCAGCUAUGCGGAACUAGGAGGAGCCAUUCCCCUAAACGGUGGCUCUCAGAUAUACCUAGCGAAAAUUUUCGGAGAGCUAGCGGGCUUUCUCUUCACCUGGUGUGCUGUUCUUGUGCUGAAGCCAGGCAGCGCCGCCAUCAUUGCGAUCAUAUUCGGAGAAUACGUUGUUCGGGCCGGGAUUGGUGCUGAUGCCGAUCAGGUCAAUCCAUGGAUUAGCAAAGCUGUCGCACUUUCGGGAGUCUUCAUGGUGACCCUGUUGAAUUGUAUUUCCACGAGACUUGCCGCACGCAUCGGUGACAUAUUCAUGUUCUUCAAGUUCAUUGCGUUGCUUGGAGUCACAAUCAUUGGUGUGGUUGUGGCGAUCACAGGUCUUUCGUCGAAUGGGAGUGCAAAUGAAGAAUGGAAGUCAGGUUGGUUCGAGGAUACCAACGUUGACAUAUCAGCCUGGGCAGUUGCUUUGUAUGCCGGUCUUUGGGCAUUUGAUGGUUGGGACAACACAAACUACGUAACAGGCGAGUUCAAAAAUCCCAAUCGUGACCUUCCGCGCGUACUUCAUACUGCUAUGCCACUGGUUAUCCUCUGCUAUCUACUUGCAAAUAUCUCCUACUUUUUAGUCUUGCCGCAUUCAACGAUUGAGGCCAGCAACACCAUCGCUGUCCAAUUCGGAGACAAGGUGUUUGGCAAAGUUGGAGCCCUUGUGUUCGCCCUCAUCGUUUCUGGGAGCUGUUUCGGGGCGCUUAAUGCGACGAUAUUUACCAGCGGGCGAUUGGUCUAUGCAGCUGGUAAGGAAGGCUACCUGCCCUCAAUAUUCGGUAACCUCUGGACCCAAGGAUCUACGACAAGCAAUCGACUACAGCGCCGAUCAUGGGCCCGCAAAUCUAUUUCUCGCCUCUUCGGGGAGCACGCUCGAAUCGGAUACACACCCAUCAACGCCAUGGCCCUGAACAGCGCGCUCACUUUGGCGUAUGUCAUUGUCGGUGAAUUCAAAACAUUGGUCACCUUCUAUGGCGUCGCAGGCUAUACGUUUUAUUUCCUCACAGUUCUUGGCCUGAUUGUUCUGAGAAUCCGGGAACCGUACUUGGAGCGACCAUACAAAACCUUGAUCUCAACUCCUAUCAUAUUUUGCUGCGUGAGCAUUUUUCUUCUCAGUCGAGCGGUCAUUGCCGAGCCCUUGCAAACCUUGACAGUUGUGGCCUUCAUCGUUGCCGGCAUUCCUGUUUACUAUUGGCGAAUUUAUCAGCGAGAUGGUCAAAUUACAAUGCCAGGAUGGAAAUUCUGGCAAUCAAGGUGAUUACACCCGUAUGCGCAUUCUUAUACAUUAUACACUUUAAUAUCUCAUGUCUUCUUUUCUAUACCCUAUGCUCAUCGCCUUCUCCUCGAAUCGCCCGACUUCCGGGUCAUAUUUAAAGUCUGCUAUAAUUACCAAUGAUACCCAUAUGUAUGCAUUGUGGGAUGUGUGGAUGGACC